AUGCCGAUAUUCAAUCUUGACUUCUCAUCGCCGCAUCGGCCGGCGCAUUCUUCGCCGUUGUCAUCCUCACCCAUCAGAGCCAGUUCCCCGCCGCCUUUAUCACAUCGCGACCCAAAUACGCUUCCCAGAUUCGACACCCAGUCUUCACCCAUACGAGAAUCAUCUACCAAAUUCAAGUUCGCUCGAAAUGUGAAGCCGAACCCCUUGAGACAGAACCGAGAGAAUGCGCAAGAGAGCAGGCGGAACCUGUUCCUUCGGAAUGUACGGAAGCGCGCCGAUGACAGGCAGUGGGAGAGAAGAGGGGGUGACCAAGAGACUCUAAAACUCGAGUGGUCGAUAUUGGACAGGCAACGCAGAGAACAAAAGAAUGCGGAUAUCGAUGGUAUCGUGUUCGAGGAUGAGAUCGAUGACAUCCUAGAACUCCAACGCCGGCAACCUGAGGAUCAGGACCCUGAUGAGAUGAUGGUCGACGCAAUGGCACAGGAAGAGGAAGCAGAAUUAAACGCCAUGCUAUCCAUGCUCGAGACCCACUCAUCUCAACCACGCGCGGAAACGACAUCGCCGACACUUGUCGAUGAUGAUGACUAUGACGAUCUCUUCAUGGACCUCUUAUCGCAACAGGGCCAAACUAGCCACAACACGAACCAAGGGUUCGCGUCAUCGGGUCAGAUGGACAUGUCGUGA